AUGAUUCAGAAUUUCUACACUUUACCGGAUCUUGUAGAUCUUGCACUUAAAGUUCCAGAAAUCGGAUCUGUGAAUUUCAAUAUACUGCAUACAGUUUUACAAACUUUGAUAGCCGAGUUACGGCUCCACAAUGUGAGACCUUGGUGUCACAUAGAGAAUCCUAUCUUGGCGAAAUCAGCACUCACAAAAGCCAAACUUAAGGGAGAAACAAUUGCCAAAGAAUUCGGGGCUGAAGAAUCUAUCGGAACUGAAAGGCCUCCGCCUCAGACUCCGCAACCCGUUGCCAAGCAAAAGGUUGAAGAAACUCCAUCAAAAUCUGAAGAGAAAAUAGAAAAACAGACAGAAGAAUCUGUUCUGCCCACCACCGAUGAAGAAACAGUUUCUGAAGAAAUCGAAAAACCGCCACAGACAGAAACAGCUAAAGAAGAUCUCCCUGCCGAGGAAUCUACUGAACAGAAGACAUCUGAAGCACCUGAGGAGAAGGAACGUGAGGAACCAAAAAAAGAGCCGCCUGAGGAACAUCCAGAACGAAAAGAUGAGACACCAAAGAGUCGGAGGGAGGCAGCUGGAUGGGAUGAUGUUUCACAAGAACUCAAAACACAUCGGAAAUCUCUGCACGUUGAAGAGGGAAGUAAAGCGAAGACUACGCAAGAUCUUCGUCAAGUCAAAGAUGCCUGGAGGUACACUCAGUUAGAUACAAGAGUCACAGCAACGGAAGAAGGCAUGAUGCGAGAAGCAAGAAGAAGACCAGAUAAUAAUUUGUUUUCUGUGAAAACAACAGGAGGCAUUACGGCCGAAGAUUUCGAAAACUUAGAAGAUAGGGUUGAAGAAUUAGAAGACGCUCGGGUAGUAUUUGACGAAGAUCAUUUGAAACUCAGUGAUGUUGACAAAACGCAGAAAGUGAUGGUAGAAGAAUUCGAAGAAAUUAAGGCCCUAGGAGGCGAAAUUAAAGAAAUGAAAGUUGAGAUAGCUGCAAAAGCUGACAUGCAGGAAAUGGUGGAAGCUCUCGCUUUGAAAGGAGAUUUGGAACUCGUAAACACCAAAGUAGACCAAACAGAGUUUGAAACCGCUAUCGAAGAGCUAGGAGAGGCCAUAGGACUGCUUGGGAUCAAAUUUCAAAAGAAGAACGAAGAGUGGGAGGAACGUGCUGCUGACGUCUGGCGAGCCUUGGACGGCAAGAUGUCACGAGACAUCUUCGAUGAGGCUGUUCUCAAGAUCAAUUCACGUCUCACAGCCCUCCUGUACGGUCUCAAGAAGAUCAAGAAGGUGGUGGAAAACCUGCUCUAUCCCGAUGCCAGUGGAGUCACCAGCGAAUGCAUUGAUCCUAAACAGAUGUAUAAAGGACCUGGAAACAUUUCCGAUGAAUCGGAUGAUAAAGAAAGCUUUCUCAGGAAUGUUAGUGAUGCCUAUGCUAAACUGCCCACACAUGACGAACCUCCAUUCUGCGCAAGUCCAGACACAAUCAUCAGCAUACCUUUCAGCACUUCAACAUAUCGAAGCUCUCCUGAAGAACCAUUUCCAGAUGUAAGACCCAAUCUGAGAGUGGGUCCAAUAAAUGAGAAAGCGGAUCACAGAGAAACUGAUAAACUAAAAGGAAGAUCUCAAGUGCCGAAGCUGCCUCAAAUCAACAAUCAGGAAACUGGUCACUCCUCAUCCAAGCAAAGGCAAGAAAUAGAAUUUUCGGUUCCCAAAGUACGUGCCAAGCAGCAACAUAGAGAACUCAUAUUCACCAAAAAAAUGUUGUCUCGAUUUCAAAGAGAAGGUAAAUUGCCAGAAAUGAAACCUCAGCCUCCUUCUAUACAGCAAACUUCACCCUCGAUGCCACCAAAAGAAAAAAAAAUCUCAGCUUCCACGGAUAUAAUUACUGACUCGGCUGGCAACUUGCAGUCAUUCGCACCAAUGAGAUUGAUACAAGAUCCAUUAAGGAGGGAAAUAAUCCUCAGUCCACCAGAAACGAAUCGUCAAUACAAACCGACCACGAUUUUAGCUCCUCUGUCGACAGGCACUUCUUCAUAUAAAGACUACUCGUCUACAUCAUAAUCAGAGAUGAAAGUCGAAAAUAGGAAAAUUUAACAGAAAAUAAAGGAAUAAAAAUGGCAAUGAAAUAAUAACAAGCUCUACCCAAAUCUCGUUCAAAUGCU